UGAACAGUCAGUUGAGACAUGGAGGCACACUUUCAACCAGAGAAUUAAACUAAACUAGGCUGCUGUUUUCACUCUUAUUAACUAAACAAGUUCCAGAUUAAAAGGCCAUGGAUGUAAAGUUUACUGCCCUGGCUUACUGCCAUCUGGCCCUUUUGUUCAGUGUGGCCCAAACAGAAAAUGGGACUAGCACUCCUCAACCAACCUUUAGCUUAACGACCCUUACGACACUAACUCAGUCUGACUCUACUUCACCAAUCUCAAAUUUGACUGAGGAGACAACACUAUAUACCAGCACACAGUUGGAUAACAAAACUGUCGUUAGCACCACUGCGGCAACAACCGAGAGGACAAGUCACUACCAGACUUCUCAGUCAGCAACCACCUUGACUCCUCUAACAAACAGUACAACUCUGAGGACUACAAGCUCUAGCACUCAAAUGUCAACAUUUACUGCACAAACAACGGCAGCAAUCCAGACCACAGUAGAUAACUCAAGUACACCAAGUACUCCAGUAAUUACAACUGAAAAUGCAACUCAUACUACCAUGAACAGAACCAGACAAGAUGUGGGCCUCAAUGUCUCUGAAAGGAAUAUGACUAUUGUCUUCAGCACUGUACUUGGAGCAUUUGCUGUGUUGUUGGUUUUUCUUAUGUUUCACAAAUGCAAACAGAAAAUACAGUACUUGCACCAACCUCUCAAUAAUGCUCAAUACACAGAUACAUUUGUGGCAGAUGAUGACACACUCGUUAUUUCUGGAGGACUUUAUGAUGGCCAUCCAAUCUACGACAACGUACCAACAGCUCCUGCAGACCAGUCUCAAUUCCACCUUGAGUUUCUCCAUUAAAGACACAGAGUUUCUAUAGUCUGAAAUCUACAGUUUAGGAGUGGGUAAAACCAAUGUACUGAACUAAUGUAACCAAUAUACUU